AUGCUCUCCAGAGUAGCCCACAGAAAACAUGCCCUUUACAGGCUACAACGAUCUCAUGAACACCUAGUGCUUCCCUGGCUAUGCCCAGCGCUUUUACGAUCCCAGUUGACGACAAAAUGCGGCCCAAUCCGUCCAAUUGCGAAGCAAAAUGUGACCUCGACCAUUGGGCACCCGUCCUCCCGUACUCUCGCGACGGUGAGAUGGGGAGUAAUGGACGAUCCCCAAUCGACAUAUAUCCCGUUCGAAGGCAUGGAUGCAUAUAAGCCUGUGAGAGAACCGGAUACGCUACCCCCUCAAUUCACCUCUCGGCCUCCGCUGUCUGACCCGUCAGAUCCGAUGGAUCGGGACGCUUCGUCUGUUAUUAUCCUCAAUCCCCUCCUAUCCUCGAAGCCGGCCUCGUUACGGAAAAUAAAGAGUAUUGGUGGCGAUCUUGACGAGAUGCUCAUCAAUCUUGACGUUAGCUUAUCGGCUGGAAUGUUUAAACGUGCCAGUCUCCUGCUCCGUCGUCUUGCUGCCGCAUAUCCUCAGAACUCUCCAGAGCUGCUAGAUCUCCACAACAAGUAUCUACGAUCUAUGAUUACUUAUAUGAUUGUUAACCGGCAACCAAAUCUUGUGUGGUACGCGCAAAGAUGGUAUGAGGUCGAUAUGGGGCUGUUAUCGGUUAAGCCGGAUGCUGUUACUCUUGCGUGGAUGCUGCGAAUGAGCUUGAGGAUGUUGGCCGGGCCUAAACGCGAGAGAACCGUCCGAAGGUAUUGGCAGUCUGCGGUAUCGAGGGGCAUUCAUGAGGAUAUACUUCAGUCGUCAAUCUUGCCUGAGUCAGAAAUUGGAUUGCUCUCUGAGAUUUGCUUCCAUGUCUCCGAAGCUCCCGCACGCAAUGUUGAGCCCGAUUUGGCAGGCCCAGAUAUGGAGCUAGAUUUGAAGCCUAAGGUCACGGACGAGUCUGUACUGCCGCCGAACGAAGUCCUCAACACGGACCAGAAAGGAAUGGGACUUCAUUCUCUAAAGGACUCGCUGUCCCUGUUCAAUCCGUCGACCGAGUUCGCACCGAAAAACCUUUGGGGACGAACGCCAGAAGAAAGAGAACUGAAUAGGAAGCGUUUGAGACAAGAACAGCUUGAGAAAGACUCCUUAACAUCGGCCAUUGAACGCUGGAGAAAAGAGAGCGAGGGCGUCAUCGGACAACGGCGUCAAGUCGAGGCAAGGCUAAACGCGUUCAUGUACCAAUGGUACCAGGGCGUUUUGGGUAAAAUAAAGGAAGAAUUGGAACUCGCCAAACGAUCCGAGUCGAAAAAGAAGCUGACACCGGAAGAAAGCGAGCGAUACGAAUAUAUUCCAUUCCUGCUGGCUAUUGGCCCAAGCAAGCUGGCAGCAGUUACUAUCCUGUCAGUGCUAGGAUCUAUUGGAAGCUCAGGGAUGGACAAGGGCAUCAAACUGAGCUCUCUCUUCACCCAUAUCGGUCGUGCUGUUAAGGACGAAUAUAUUAUCGAAACUACACGACAGUCGGCUGUUAACGAGGCCGAAACCGAGAACGAGGCUUACUAUCUAAACAAGACAUUCCGCCAGAUGAAGGUAUAUAACUCAACAGGAAAGUUCAGGUCAUACAUGCAAAAGCAUACGGAGGGCCGGCCUCCCGUCCACUGGCCAACAUCUACUGAAAUCAAGAUUGGUGCCCUCUUAUCCUCAAUGUUAUUCUCUACUGCCGAAAUACCCACCUCCCACAAAGACCCAGUAACGGAAGAAGUUAGAUAUGUCAACGAGCCUGCCUUUCAACAUGUUUACCAGCUACAAAAGGGACACAAUGUUGGAUACGUACAGCUUCAUGAAAAAGUGGUAGAAAGGCUGCGAAAGGAGCCGUCUGGCAAUUUACUGGCCAAACAUCUCCCAAUGGUCUCGCCGCCACGGCCGUGGGUAUCAAACACCCAAGGUGGAUUUUUGACCCAGCCCGUUCAAGUUGUACGGACUCGACACGAUGAUGCUCAAAAUCAAUACCUCCAAGCCGCAUCAGAACGCGGAGACCUGGAAGAGCUUUAUAAAGGUCUAACAAUUCUUGGGAAAACAGGGUGGAAAAUCAACCGUCCGGUUUUCGAUGUCAUGCUUGAAGCUUGGAAUUCUGGAGAAGAAGUCGCCAAUAUCGUCGCAGCCAAUCUUAAUAUUACGGAACCCGAAAAACCUGACGCAGAUGACCGUGAAGCUGUAAAGGCCUACUAUCGUGCGAAGACCCGUGCCGACAACAAAAAGAUGGGUAAUCACUCUCAACGUUGCUACUUGAAUUUCCAAAUGGAGAUCGCUCGAGCAUACCUCAAUGAGUCGUUUUAUCUUCCUCACAAUAUGGAUUUCCGCGGACGGGCUUACCCUCUCCCUCCUUAUUUCAACCAGAUGGGAGCGGACAACUGCCGUGGCCUUCUCCUUUUCAGUGAGGGGCGAGUACUAGGCGAAAGUGGGCUCAGGUGGUUGAGAAUUCACCUUUCGAAUGUUUUCGGAUUUGACAAGGCUAGUUUCCAGGAAAGAGAGCAGUUUUCCAUCGAUCACGUUGACGAUAUUCUCGACUCUGCCAAUAAUGGACUGAAGGGUAGAAGAUGGUGGCUAAAGGCCGCGGACCCGUUCCAAUGUCUGGCUGCUUGUGUAGAGCUGAAGAAUGCUCUCAGCUUGCCUGAUCCAACAAAAUACGUCUCGCAUCUCCCAGUACACCAGGAUGGCUCUUGCAACGGCCUGCAACAUUAUGCUGCGUUGGGCGGUGAUGCGAUUGGUGCUCGACAAGUUAAUCUCGAGCCUGGUGAUCGGCCUUCCGAUAUCUACACUGCGGUUGCUGAGCACGUAAAGGCUUCUAUCGCCAGCGAUGCUAAAGCUGGCGAUCCCAUUGCAAAGUUAAUGGACGGCAAAAUAACUCGAAAGGUUGUGAAACAAACGGUCAUGACAAACGUUUAUGGUGUGACCUUUAUUGGUGCCACCAGGCAGGUUCGACGACAGCUUGAAGAUCACUAUCCAGAGCUAGCGGAGACCGACGAGAUAUCAAAAUGUGCGGUUCACGUUUCCCGUGCAAUCUUCUCCGCCUUAAAUUCCAUGUUUAGCGGAGCACACGAUAUUCAGUUCUGGCUGGGAGACUGUGCGAACCGAAUUACCCGCUCCCUCAAUCCCAGCCAAAUCGAGGAGAUCCGCAAAGAGUUAGAAGCCCCAUCCAAGACUGAUAUAGCAAAGAAGCUCAAAUUCAACAAUUCUGUUAUCUGGACCACACCUUUAAAACUACCGGUUGUUCAGCCGUACAGAGAAGCGAAAACCCGCCAGAUCCCGACCAGUUUGCAGCUCUGUACUAUCAAAGACAUCCGUGGAGCAAACGAGGUUAACCGUCGAAAGCAACUACAAGCGUUCCCGCCUAACUUCAUCCACUCCCUAGAUGCCACGCACAUGAUGCUCUCUGCUAUCAAAUGUGAUGAGCUCGGCCUUAGUUUCUCCGCCGUCCACGAUUCCUUCUGGACUCAUGCGGGUGACAUUGACAAGAUGAACCGUGUUCUACGUGAUGCAUUUGUUCGCAUGCAUUCUGAUGACAUCGUCGGGAGGUUGGCCGCUGAAUUAAAAGCCAGAUACUCUAAUAACCUUUACCUUGCCCAGCUCCGACCUAAUACCCCCUUGGCUAAAAAGAUCAAAGCCCUUCGCGCAGCCAAGGGACGACCAGGGAAGCAGGACAAGGUCUACGAGCUAUUGGACGAGUACACACGCAUCGAGCUGCUUAAAUCGGAGGACCCGGCUGAACAAGAAAAGGGCCGAAAAAUGGUCACUCCAGGCAGUCUAUUUGCUGAUACCGAGCAUGCAGACGAGGCCCUGGUAUCAGUGCAGUCUCUUGGUGUUGCUGGUAUGGGACAUGUUCCCCCUCCAGAAGAGCAGAAAGCACUAGAGGCUACACUGGCAUCUGAGGACAGCUCAUCGGCGGUCGAUGCAGUUCACGACAUCUCCGAAAUGAAAGACCUCCAGGAAUCCGAGGUCGAUGUGGAACUGGCCACGACGCCAAAGAAGAAAUCCAAGGCCAAGUCUGGCUCAGUCUGGGUUUGGCUGCCCCUGACAUUCCGUGAUGUCCCUCAAAAGGGUGAAUUUGACGUCCGCCGCCUCAAAGAAAGCCAGUACUUCUUCUCCUAA